GAUAAAUUUCUUGCCCACACACCUUCCAUUCUUGCUUCUUUUAUUUUUCUUCUUGUUGUACUAUUUCAAAAAGCAAACGCACUUUCCCCCAACCUUUCUUUCUAUCAUACCCGCGUUCUAAAAUUCUGAAUAUCACAAGCUUCAAAAUAAGAAAACAGUCAAGCGAAAAUGUUCAUUCUCCAGCUGGGACUUCUCCUCUCACUGGGACAUGCCCUUGUGCUCGUCUCAGCGAGAAACCUCGUUCACCUUCCUUUAAAGGCGCCAAAGCUUGGUCUUCCUCCGCGCGAAGACACUGCAGUCAAACCUACUGUCGCCAAUCCCGUUCCUCUCUACGUUCCCAUGCAAUAUGUGCCUCCCUUACCGGAGAACGUCACUGAACUUGAACUUUUUGUCCUCAUCGAACCGGUCAUUGUGGAAUAUAAUCCAGAAUAUAGAUCCUUAAUUCUGGAACAAACAAGACUCGCAGCAUCAGCAUCUUGGUCGUCCAACCCACACGUCAACUCGUCCAGCGCUCAUCAUGCGGCCGAUGCCAACAAGACUAACAAUGUCAAUAAUCCCACCUACACCAUCGCCAACAGCAGCGACGACCACAGCGGCCUGCAUGCCCGGUUCUUUGUUCAUUUCUGGGACAAGACGCUUGAACAAUGCUGCCGUGAGCGUGGUCCUCUCAAGAACAUGACAUUUGUUGAACGUUUCGGCCGCCUCUUCUCUAUUAUCCCCAGCGAAUGCGAUUGGAGCUGCGAUCCCGACGGUCACGUCAUGAAGCAUGCGUGGAUUACAAGUCCGUAUAAGCGGGAUGAGAUGCCGACUGCAACGCCUUUCCCCUCCUCUGUCGAUUCUCCUGUUGAGCGUUCCCCUUCUUCGGGAGUGCUCAAGCUACACGCAGUCCCUAACAAUCACCAUGGCCCCAAUCCUGUUGAACAACAAACCACGUCGACGGAGAGAUCAAAGUGGUUUAGUAAUUGGUCUGGUCCUGUCACUGAUGUCACUGAAGCUGAAGCGGGAGCGGUACGGGAAGGAAACCAGGAACAGAAACGAGACCGGAAACCUACUGUCCCUGCCGUUGCAAAUGUCUUUCCCGGCAAGCACCAUCUUGGAUUUAUCACCAUGCCCGUCGAACCGGAGUCUACCAAGUCUCUAAGGCCCCUUCCCACGCAGGAAACCCGAAAUCUCAAUGCUCGGCACCAUGGUCCGCUGCUGGUCGAACCGGCAACUUCGUCUUCGUCUUCGUCUUUUUCGACAGCGCCUCCCUCGCCUUCGUCGUUGAACCACCACCACAAAAGAACCGAACAAACGUACACCUCUGCAGGACACAUGACCUUCGAAGACGCCAAGGAAAUUGCCAGAGCAGGCGCAGCGGCAGGCGCUAUCGGCGCAGAGAUUGUGGCCGCCCCGAUACGCCAUAAGUUGUUUGAUCAUUGGGAGCAUAAUGAUCAUCGCCGUGAGAACCAUCUCGAGGAUCAUGACAUGAAUCUUCCCGCUGCCCCUACGCCUACUCACGAUCGGCACUGGUAUUGAGUGUCUCUCUCUUCCUAUUUUUUUCUUUCCCUUGUUUCUUUCCCCUGUUUCUUUCCCCUGUUUCUUCCCCUUGUUGAUUUAACUUGUUCUUCCUUUUGCUUGUAGUUUAUCCUGUUUUCACCCUUCCUUUUCUUUGUUUUCAUCUUUUCUUUCAAACCCACACAUGGUUUUUUGCCUUGGUCGUUUUGGUAUCCCAGGUCUGGU